AUGGGAAGGCGACGCACGAAAGGCAAGCAGGAGGAAAAGAAAUGCGUGCAAGCCAGCAUAGUGGGAGGCGAUGCAAUCCACAGCAGGGCAGGGGUGUCCCUCUGCCUGCAUCUGGCGGUGUUACGACGGAGGCCGUGUUCAGCCUCCUCUAAAAGCACUCUGUGUGGGGAACAUGAGAGCCAGACCAAAGCUCAGAGGAAGAAACGAGGAACUAAAUGCAAACAUGAACCUGAACCCAGCUCUGUGUCCUUACAGAGUGACACGUCUAAAGGUCUUCCCAUUCAUUUUAAAGUCCAGCCUGUGUCUGCUGCAGAGAGACUGAGUCUCUGUAACCUGUCAGAGAGAAGUUGUGAAGCUCUGUCCUCAGGUCUCAGCUCUCAGUCCUCUAAUCUGAGAGAGCUAGACCUGAGUAACAAUGACCUGCAGGAUUCAGGUGUGAAGUUUCUGUCUGAAGGACUGAAGAAUCCACACUGUAAACUGGAAACUCUCAGUCUGUCAGGCUGUCUGAUCACAGAGGAAGGUUGUACUUCUCUGGCCGCAGCUCUGAGCUCCAACCCCUCCCAUCUGAGAGAGCUGGACCUGAGCUACAAUCAUCCAGGUGACUCAGGAAUGAAGCUGCUGUCGGCUGGACUGAAGGAUCCAGGCUGGAGA